AGCCCCUCAGCGACCAGACAAUAACAAACUCUGCCGUGAAUCUGGUUAUUAUGUAACUUUUCCAGUAUAUUACAGCCUCCAUUAUGCCUGACAUCAAAGCCACACCUCUUGGUGCCGGCCAGGAUGUGGGGCGCAGUUGCAUCUUGGUUACCAUUGGUGGCAAGAACAUUAUGCUGGACUGUGGUAUGCACAUGGGGUACAAUGAUGAUCGUCGGUUCCCAGAUUUCUCCUACAUCACAGAGGGUGCCUUGACUGAUUACCUUGACUGUGUUAUUAUCAGUCACUUCCACUUGGACCACUGUGGAGCGUUGCCCUUUAUGACAGAAAUGGUUGGUUACAAUGGUCCCAUAUAUAUGACACAGCCUACAAAAGCUCUUUGUCCUGUUCUUUUGGAAGACAUGAGAAAGGUUGCUGUCGAGAGGAAGGGCGAGACAAACUUCUUCACGUCUGGUAUGAUAAAAGACUGCAUGAAGAAAGUCAUCACAGUUUCUCUGCACGAGACAAUGCAGGUUGACAGUGAGUUGGAGAUCAAAGCGUAUUAUGCCGGACAUGUUCUUGGAGCUGCCAUGUUCCACAUUAAAGUGGGCUCACAGAGUCUUGUGUAUACAGGUGAUUACAACAUGACUCCAGAUAGGCACCUUGGCGCUGCGUGGAUUGACAAGUGUCGUCCAGAUCUUCUAAUUUCUGAAUCCACGUAUGCCACAACAAUUCGAGACUCAAAACGGUGCAGAGAGCGGGACUUUCUUAAGAAAAUCCACGACUGUGUAGACAGGGGAGGCAAGGUGCUCAUUCCAGUGUUUGCUCUUGGCCGUGUCCAGGAGCUGUGCAUCCUCCUUGACACCUACUGGGACCGAAUGAAUCUCAAAGUGCCCAUAUAUUUCACUAUGGGUCUUGCAGAAACGGCAAAUAAGUACUACCGAAUGUUCAUCACGUGGACAAAUCAGAAAAUCAGACAAACUUUUGUACAUCGUAAUAUGUUUGACUUUAAGCACAUAAAACCAUUUGACAAGUCGUACAUGGAGAAUCCCGGACCUAUGGUGGUGUUUGCUACCCCAGGCAUGCUGCACGCCGGACUCUCCCUAGCAGUAUUUAAAAAAUGGGCCCCCAAUUCAAACAAUAUGGUGAUCAUGCCGGGGUACUGUGUGCAGGGUACAGUGGGUCACAAGAUCCUAAAUGGUGCCAAGAAGGUGGAUUUUGAAAACAGAACGAGUGUCGAUGUCAAUUUGUCUGUUGAAUAUAUGUCAUUCAGUGCCCAUGCUGAUGCAAAAGGUAUCAUGCAGUUAAUUCGACACUGUGAGCCGAAGAAUGUGAUGCUGGUUCAUGGUGAGAACGCCAAGAUGGAUUUCUUAAGACAGAAGAUCAUGCAGGAAUUCAACAUCAACUGCUACAAGCCUGGAAAUGGAGAGACAUCAAUUAUACCAGUUUCAAGUAAUCUUGACGUAGAGGUGUCACUUCCUCUACUGAAGCACACCAUAUCUGCUGUCUCACAGCCAGCCCUUGCUGCACCAACCUCUUCAAAGUCCAGUACUAAUGAAGAAGCACAGCCAAAAAAACAGAAGGUCUAUGAAUCAAAGAAACAGAAAGUUCUUCAUGGAGUUCUCAUCAUGAAAAAUAAUGGGGUGAGAAUAGUUGGUGUAAAUGAGGCUUGGAGUGAGCUGGGAGUGGCCUCACAUCAGCUCAGAUUCACCGAGAGAAUUGAAGUAGAUGAUCACGGCCCAGUCCCAGCUCUGACGUCUUCUAUGCACACACUCCUCUCCCAGAAGCUGGGAGCAUCCCAGGUACAGGCAGUGAGUGAGUGCCAGCUCUCAGUAGCUGACUCUGUCUUCAUCAAUAUUCGUGAUGAUGAUUCCGGCAGGGCUAUCCUUCUCUCUUGGACGCACCAGGAUGAGGCCCUUGGAAGCAAACUCUUAGACAUCAUAAAAACUACUUACAAGAAGUAAUAAUCCAGAAAGACUUCUUAGUACAUAUUCAGAGAACAUGUAUGAAUUUCAGUGGUAAGCAAUAAACAAAAAUAUUGUGCAGAUCUUUUGAGUACUGUUCAAUUUUUUUUUUCAUUUGUGUUGCUCUUUGAGGGAGGGAUCUCCCCAGGAGGAGAAUAUCUCAUCUGAAUCCUGCCCAUACUUUUGUAUCAUGAAAUAGGAUGUUUAGUGUAUUACCAUGUUCUUUAGUCUCCACCAGUAUUUCGUUCCUCUCAAUUCCAAUUCCUAGAUGUAGUCACAAUGCAAUCCUAUUUCAGAUGAACAUAUUUUAAAAUGUAUUUUAUAUCUAUUAAAAGUGUUACUUUUUA